AACAUCACCAGUUAGACAGAGAACAAAGCAAGCAAGUCCCAACCAAACUAUGGCGACGACGAAGCAUGUUACCUUUUCAAUUAGGACAGUGUUUGUCUUGCUUCUUUUCGGCAGCUCUCAUGUCUCUGCACAUCCUCGUUCUUUUCUUCAAAACCAGUCCGGAAGUGACAGUAGCAAAUACUUAACAACUAAGGAGCUCUGGUUCAAUCAGACUCUUGAUCACUAUUCUCCUUACGAUCAUCAAAGGUUUCAGCAGCGUUACUAUGAAUUUCUUGAUUACUUUAGAGCUCCUGAUGGACCUGUUUUCUUGAAAAUUUGUGGUGAAUCUGCUUGCAGUGGCAUAGUCAAUGACUAUCUUGGUGUUUUGGCUAAAAAGUUUGGAGCUGCUGUUGUUUCCCUAGAGCAUCGUUACUAUGGUAAAAGCACACCCUUCAAAUCAUCAGAGACUAAGAAUUUGAGAUUUCUUUCAUCGAAACAAGCACUCUUUGACUUGGCUGUGUUCCGUCAGCAUUAUCAGACUGCCUUAAACCUGAAGCUAAAUAGAACAAAAGUUGAAAAUCCCUGGAUUGUUUUUGGGACAUCAUACUCUGGAGCUCUCAGUGCAUGGUUUCGUCUUAAGUUUCCACAUUUAACAUGCGGAAGCGUUGCAAGUUCUGCAGUUGUUCUUGCUGUUUACGAUUUCCCUGAAUUUGACCAGCAGAUCGGUGAAUCAACUGGUCCUGAAUGCAAAGCUGCACUGCAAGAAAUUACUCAACUUGUGGAAGAAAGGCUGGCAUCAAACAAAAAGGCAGUUAAACUUAAAACAUUAUUUGAUGCUGCUGAGCUUGAGAUUGAUGGCGAUUUCUUGUAUUUCCUGGCAGAUGCAGCUGUUACAGCAAUUCAAUAUGGUAAUCCUGAUAAGUUAUGCACUCCUCUUGUUCAAGCAAAGAAGGCUGGAGAGGAUUUAGUGGAAGUUUAUGCCAAGUAUGUCAAAGAGUACUAUGUUGGAGAUUUAGGUGUCAGUGUUGCAACAUAUAACCAAAAACAUUUGAAAAACACUGCCAUCAACGAAAAUAGUUCUGAUCGGAUAUGGUGGUUCCAAGUAUGCACUGAAGUUGCAUAUUUUCAAGUGGCACCCUCAAAUGAUAGUAUUCGCUCCUCAAAAGUUGACACAAGGUACCAUCUAGACCUUUGCAAGAAUGUCUUUGGAGAGGGCAUCUACCCAGAGGUUGAUGUCACAAACAUAUACUACGGGGGCACAAAAAUUGCAGGCUCGAAAAUUGUUUUUACAAAUGGCUCGCAGGAUCCCUGGCGUCACGCUUCAAAACAGGUCUCAUCUGAUGCCAAUGAUAUGCCUUCUUAUUUAAUCACAUGUCAUAAUUGUGGUCAUGGUACUGACAUGCGAGGAUGUCCCCAAUCUCCUUUAAAUCUUGAAGGUAAUGCCCAGAACUGCAGUUCCCCAGAAGCAGUUCAGAAAGUAAGGCAGCAAAUCAUUCGACACAUCGACUUAUGGCUGUCCCAGUGCCAGCCUGACGGUAGGAGUUACAUAUGAUCCAAUUCAUAGCAGAAAUCUGUAAAUGACUGAAUUGAUGAAUAAGCUAAUCUUAAUCUCAUCAUGUACUAACUUCUGAACAGAUGAUACAUAGCUCAUAUGUGUGACAGCCUUGCUAGUACGAGUUUCUCGUCUUGCGCAUGCCAGCAAAUUUGGCAAUUUUAAGUUCAGUUAUUUGUUAUUUAUGUUGUGGCUUUGAAAUCAAAAUGUACAUAUGAUUAUGUAAAACUAGAGAUGAUUACACAUGAAUAUGCAUUGAUCCUCUAUGUUAA